AUGUUCCCUGACGAGCUCAAGGGACUCACGCUGGUCGAAGAGAAGCUCGUCUCGCUCAACUCCUGCUAUGGGCACGUCAAGGGCCACAUCACAGUGUUUCCCAACAACGUGCAGGAGCUGGCGACCAAGGUGCUCCGCACCCCUUUGCAAGCACUGGACGAGAUCCACGUUUCGUGGCAGGGCGUGGAGAAGCCGGCACCGAGCGACCUGUCGAGUCUCUUACGGGUGCCGGCCUUGGUGUAUGAUCGCAUGGAGCGGAACGAGCCGUCCGCAUGGGAGAAAACGCGGACGGCGCACGUUGUGCCGCCCACGGAGCGCGCCAUGGACGACGAGGGGUCGGUGGAGAUCGAGGAACUCUUCGCUCUGCUCAACCAAAGGCAGGAAACGGGAGGCGAGGCUGAAGGGCACGGGCCCAACGAAGAAGGCGCGGGUCGUGAUGGAGUUGGUGCUAGCCCCGAUCAGAACGUUCGACCAAUCAACGAGGUGACGUCUUCCGGCAUGUUUGGGCUGGACGGACCGCCAGACGUGGCGGAUGUCGAGAAGCUGCGCAUGCUGAGUGUGGCGAGGAAGGACUUCGGCAAGGUCGAGCGCGUUGCCCGCUCGAUGACCGCGCAAAGGUUAGCGGCGGCGAGGGUCGAGUUGGAGAGCUCGGGCAAGACGACCGAUGAGGGCUCGCUCAUCGUUGGCUACGGCGUUCCGGCCAUCUGGUUCACCAUCAACCCAAACGACAUUACGAACCCGGUGAAGCUGCGACUGGCGGCAUAUCGGACACGCGAUCCCGGCGCGGCCGAGGAGUUCCUAGAAGGCCUUGGGAGUGCGUACAAGCGGACAAGGCUGGCCAUGUCCGAUCCGAUGAGCGCCGCCGUAUUCUUCCACCGGGAGAUGAAGCUGUUCUUCGAUCAUUACGUGAAGGUCGGAGAAGACUCGAUGCUUGCCGACAUCCACGGGGAGGAUCAGGCGGCGUAUCGCGAGCGAAUCAUACGAUACGUCGAUAGUGUCUUCUCCGAGGAUCUGGAUCAGGAAGGGUUCUGCGCCGUGCAAGCGGAGCGAUCUGUGACGUCCGAUAUUUCCUCCCUGCUGGACAACACCGAGCAGUUUUCGGCCGCAUUUGACGAGGAGGCCAACUUCUGUGCCGGCGCUACACAGAUCCGGAGGACUCACAGCAUGGUCAAUCGAUGGAACAAGGCUAUCGCUGUUGGGCUCCGGCACAACCACGACAUUUCCUUCAUUGCGACGCAGCGCAAGACCAUGGCCCUUAUGUAUUAUGUCACGAACUACGCGACGAAGGUGGAGGACCCGGUGUGGAAGCGUGUGGCGGCCGCGGCCGAUCUCCUGGCCGCCUCAACGGGUGACGGCACGGCCAACGGAGGACAGGACGACGGUGGAGGUGCUGUCGAGGUCGUCGCUCAUCUUCUUGGAUAUCCGGCCGAGUUCACCAACAGCAGCGCCUGGGCGUACCUGAACACAUCUCUGCUGUACUGGGAAGUCUUUCGACGGUGGCCGUAUCUCCGACGAGCAAGUGGCGCGGCGGCCAUAGAUGAUACUCUGGAUGAGUCGGUGCUCAGGCGGCCGGGCAAGCAUGCUACCGUCUGCCUCGAUGGCUACCUGAGCAAGGACUUCGGCCACAACGACGACGAGGAGUCGUGCCACCGGAGGGCAGCCGUGCAGCAUCUUGCGCUAUUUGUGCCGUGGAGUCCUUUCUGUGCGAAGAAACAGGUGAGAUCAAUAGCAUCUGGGAGCGGGCGCGAGGCGCUGGCCCCGAGAAUAUCAUGUCUCGUCGACAACGGGCAGCCGCCUCCCCGAUCAGCCGAAAGCGGAAAACGCCACGCCAAACCAUUGGCGGCCUCAUCCGGCGAUGGCGAUUCCACGGUCGCCCACGUCGAGGAGGGCGAGACAGGCGAGGCGGGCGCAGAAUUUGCAGCGACGUAUCGGUCCAACAACAUCGGAGACGCAACGCGCCUGAUCGACGUCGUCCGAGGCGCAGUGGGCACGAAUCAGGUGACGGCCAAGUCGCCGGAGCUCAUGGCAAUGAUGCGGCAGCUCUGUCGAUUCCAGCAAUCGGCGCUCUGCUCAACGGCCGAGCUCGAGGCCAUCGCGAUUCCCGAACAAGGGUUGAGGUGCAUAAGCAUGCCAGGGCGGGUAUUUUCCGGGGCCGCACUACCGCCGCAGGAUCAGGUCAAGGCUAUCAAGUCGCAGCAGAUAACCAAGGACCUUGACGGGGUGCGGCUGACAAAACGGGCGGAGCGGUUCAUCCACGGCCAGUCUCGGAUGGACUGGCAGGAGAAGGACGUGCUUGUCAUCGACGAGAUUUCGGGGAUCCCCAUCGUCCUCUUCUGCGGAGACUUUCAGCAGUUCCGGCCGGUCCAAGAGAGGUCGAUCGUCCUGCCGAGCGCGGCCAUCUCGUGGGACGUAGACAACUCGUUCAAGGCCGAGCAGCGGCACCAGCACGACAAAGCGCACGCGCUGUGGAGAGAUUCACGACGGUGCUACCGCGAGGGCAGGCGGAUCCCUUGGGAGACUGGCAUCACCGUGGUGACGCCGCUGAACAGGAAUCGGUGGAACCUAAACAUGGAGGCAAGCUUGGCGUUCCGGGUCCAGCAGCGGUCGACGAUGCGCAUCUUCAUCUCCGAGCACAAGUGGAAGGAGGGCCUGCCGACCGAGGAAGAAGCGAUCAUGAUACUCAAUCAAGGCGACGAUAGCGCGAUCCCCGUGCCGGCCGUCUUCAUGUUCGUGGCCGGGAUGCCGGUCGUCGUGAACCACAACACCCAUCAGGGGCUGAAGCUGGUGAACGGCGCCGGCUACUCGGCGGUGGAGGUCAUUGUCGACAAGGCGUCCCCAGGGCAUCGAAUCUCGUCCGACAUGACGAUCCACUUCGGGCCGCCGGCGGGAUAUUACUGGAAUCGGCGACGACAAAGGACCUCCACUUCGUCGGGAUGCCGCCGGGCACGAUCUUGUUAA